AUGCAAUUGUCUGUUGUGCCAAAAUCUGUUUUGUGGCUCCAGGUGCACAAUAUUGUGCUGUUUCCGGAGAAGCACGCGUGGUGCAAUUUGACUCGGAUCCGACAGAUCGUGAGCCACCCUGGCUGUGAAAGCGUGGAGAUCGACAACAGUGUUUGCGUCGGCGCCUGUUUUUCGUACACGGUGCCGCAAACGUCGCCGCCGACACCUGGCGACGACUUGUUGCACUACUGCGACUCGUGCCAACAGGCGGAUUUCGAAUGGCGUGUGGUGGCGCUGGAAUGCAAAGAAGGCAAGUCGCCGAUGCUGAAGCACGUGCAGAUCAUCAACAACUGCACCUGCGCCAAAUGCCAAGAGACGCCAUCUGCCAGCCUGCAUCGCAAGCUGAGCAAUGAAGUCGACACCCCGGACUCGAGCCACACACCCGAAUUCAUUCCCAGCGUGCGACGCAAAAAGGUGCCCGACGGGAUGGCGUCGAAAACUGGACCGGAUCUGCAUCUGGCCCUCGGGCUCGGCGUUCAUCACGACGACACUGCUGUCGAGCAUGUGUCGAAUUCUGCUGCUGCAUCAGCCACGUCGCAGUUGAUGGCGACGACGACCAAUGUGCCGACGAGUCCGGCGAUGAGCAACCGGGUGCUUCUCCCGCCGCCGCCACUUUUGGACAAUGGGCCAGACUUGAUCAGCAACGCCGUGGACGCCGUUCCUGGGCACCACGACAAUAAUGCCGUGCCUGACGACGAUGACAGGAAGCUGCAUUAG